AUGGAGCCCGGCCCCGACGGCCCCGCCGCCAUCUGGUUCCGCUAGACGUGCAGCCCAUGGCCCGGCCAGGCCCUGUCGCUGCAGGCGGAGCAGCUGCUACACCAUCAGCGCUCGCGGUACCAGGAUAUCCUUGUCUUCCGCAGUAAGAGCUACGGCAACGUGCUGGUGUUGGAUGGCGUCGUCCAGUGCACAGAGAGGGACGAGUUCUCCUACCAGGAGAUGAUAGCCAACUUGCCCCUCUGUAGCCACCCCAAUCCACGCAAGGUGCUGAUCGUCGGGGGCGGGGAUGGGGGUGUCCUGCGGCAGGUGGUGAAGCAUUCCUCCGUGGAGUCCGUGGUCCAGUGCGAGAUCGACGAGGAUGUCGUUCAAGUCUCCAAGAAGUUCCUGCUGGGCAUGGCCGUUGGCUACUCGAGCUCAAAGCUCAUCCUACGUGUGGAUAAUGGUUUUGAGUUCAUGAAACAGAACCAGGAUGCUUUCGAUGUCAUUAUCACUGACUCCUCAGACCCCCUGGGCCCUGCUGAGAGUCUCUUCAAGGAUUCCUGUUACCGGCUCAUGAAGACGGCCCUGAAGGAGGGUGGCAUCCUCUGCUGCCAGGGCGAGUGUCAGUGGCUGCACCUGGACCUCAUCAAGGUGAUGCGGCAGUUCUGCAAAUCACUCUUCCCGGUGGUGGGCUACGGUUACUGCACCAUCCCCACCUACCCCAGCUGCCAACCUGGCUUCAUACUGUGCAGCAAAAAUCCAAGCACCAACUUCCUGGAGCCCGUGCAGCAGCAGCUGACGCAGAAGCAGGUGGAACAGAUGCAGCUGAAAUACUACAGCUCUGAUGUACAUCGGGCACCCUUUGUCCUGCCCGAGUUUGCCCGCAAAGCCCUCAAUGUGUGCUGAGCCCAGGCGCCGCUGCCGGUGCCGCCCAGGACCUCCGGCCAGCGAGCCUCCAGGGUGGCUGGACGCCGCCAGCACUGGAUGAGACUCCCGCAGACUCGCUUCCCAACCCAGUGUUAUAGGCCCCAGAAUGCUGCCCGGCCUGCCCUGUUAGGACUUUCUCUCUGUGUGGCGUUCAGCUUGAAAGUUUAUACCAGGUGCGUACAGCACCAUCUCCACCUCUGUCGCCCCUCACUCACCAAACACGUGUAUCUAGAACAACAACGAGAACAAAUAUUCUGCCAAUAUUAGGAACUCAAUGCAAGACAUUUGUAUACUGUUUAGUUUUGAGUAUGCAAGAGCCUAUUUUGGGGGAAAUGCAGUUUCUCCUCUAAGCCACUACUAGUAGCUGAGAACUUCAUAGUAGAGUUUAUGUCUUGGAGGAGGAGAGAGUAUUUUGAUGAGCUACAAAUUGGCUAUUCACUAAGAAGCUAAAGCAUAAAUUAGUGUUAAAGUGGUGGGUCAUAGGGUAGUAUAUCUGAACCCAGAAGUUGAAAUUGGGGCAGAAAUAGUCUCUCACUAUUCCCUUCCUUCACUUUAAGUGAAUCCCUUGCCUGCUAUAAAAAGAAAGGCAGGGCUCAAGAAACAGAAAGGAGAAACAGAAGAAAACCACAAAAAUGAAACAGGCAAGAGUUUUCCUGAAUGCUCUUCCUUCACUCAAAAUUAGUAGAGUAAAAUUCAAGCCCACCGAAUGAUAAUUAAGGCCCCAUUUGCCUAGAGUCCA